AUGCUUAAUUAAUUCAAUAGUGUAGAAAUUAAAAUUCAUAUUAUGAUUUAUCUGUUUAGUAAUGUGGAGACUGCCAAGAGUAUUGUAAUUCUUGUGAUGAUUUAAACACUUGUUUAGAUUGCAAAACAUAGUAUUUUUAUGAAUAAACUACUCAAAAAUGUGUAAAACAGUGUAAAAAUAAAGAAUUUUAUCAAAAUUACUUUUAGCAAUGUUCUGAAUGCCAAAUAAAUAAUUGCGAAAAAUGUAAUAUUGAUUUAAAUCUGUGUUAUUAAUGUAACUAAGGAUGGAAAAUAACAAACAGUUCAAUGUAUUGCUAAAAAAGCGAAUGUUUAAUAAAUGAUUUUUACAAUUACAACUAAGAAGAUGGAAAAUGCACUACAAAUUGCCCUGAUUAUUCAGAUUUAAAUCAAAGGCUUUGCCUUCACCUAAAAAAAUUUAGCACAAUUAACUUUGCAGCAAGUAAAAGAAAUGUAGAAUAAGAAGAUAUAAACUAAAUUUUCUAUUAUUAGAUGCUAAAUGGUGAUUAAAUUAUAAUAGCUCUAUAAAAUUCAAAUGUAGUGA